AUGGCGUCCGCGAAAGCCCGCUCCCUACCUCACCUGGACCCGGGUGAGGUUUCCUUGUUGGAUCUCGCAGAAGAUGACCCCAGGGAUGCCGUGUCUUUCUCGGACAAGGAAGCGUCGAUCCUGCAACUAUAUCAUCAACUUCAGGAACAAGAGCUCGAAAAGGCACUCCUCGAACAAGAUGUCGAACUACUCUCGGGGGAUGAUGCCGAAGAGCAGCUGGCCAUAGCAGAGCACGAGCUUCUAGAAGCCAGAGCCACUUACACCGUCAGGCGAAAGGCACUUGGAGCCGUUCUUAUGACAGACCCUACUCUCAAAGCUGUUCAUCUGAAAGCCACAUAUCCGGCUGAACAGACUCUUCUUCGUCUUAUUAACAGACGUGAUGUACUCUCGUUAGCACACGAGAACUUGAAUGCUGCGCUCAGCUCGACUCUUAAAAAGUUAUCCAACGCGGAGGUGGAAAAUCUGCAACUGCAUGACAAAAACAAAGCGCUCGUCCAAGAGCUACUAGAUCUGACGAAGGAUGACGAAUCUUGGAGGGAAGAAUUGGAUGAUAUGAGUAUCAAGAAACAGCUAGAGCAAGUUAAAACAGAUCACCAACAAAGUAAAGCGAAAUGGGAAACCAUGAAAAGUAUUACUAGCGCUAUCGUUGUUGGCAGUGGUGUGAACUGGGCUGAAGAUGAAGAGCUUGUAGCUCUUGUGUUGGAUGAAUCUGACGAUUGA